CUUUUAAAACUUGGAAGGGGAUAAAGCUGUAAAUUUAGAGGCUACCAAUUAAAUUGUUGAGUCCUCUAAAAUAUGAAUUUGAUAAAGACUAUUAUAUAAAUAUCGGUAGAUUUGUGUCUGAGUAGUAAAUCUGGUAAUAUUCAAGCCAAAAUCAUAGCUUUAUUCAAUUACUUAAGAUAAUGAUGAGUGAUAAAGUCCUCAAUAGAAAGGAAAAAGUUCCAAAUACAAACAAUGAUGAUAAUUCUGAUAAAGAAAACCAACCUCCUUCAUUACCUUCACAACACGAAGUUGGAAAUAAUCCAAGACCACCUCAUCGUGAUAUGCCGGAUGCUAAUAACACUGGGUCGUAUCCCGGACCAAACUAUAGUGGUUCUAAUAGUCGUGGCCAUCAACGAAAUGAUACUCCACUAUACUUCGAACGAAUCUUAAUAAUCCAAGGUAUCGUUGUUAUGGCUGUUAUGGGAUUAACGGUGGUGGUUGUUGGUGUUGGAGCUGGUGUUGGUACUGUUGUCGCCGGCCCCAUUGGUGGAGUAAUCGGUGGCCAUUAUGCUCUUUUUCAUGGUAUUCCAUAUAUGAUUGAUCACCUUGCAAAGAGACCGAGAUAGUUUUGAAUAUUUAGUUUUGUUAAAUUAAUAUAUUUAUUGGCUUGUACCAUACAAAAAUCAACACAAUGUACAGUAGCCUUUCACAAUCAGGUUUUAACUCCUCCUUGAUCAUCUCAAAAUUAACCCCAACAACAUUAAAUCUUAGUAAUGUUUGAACCUUAAUUUAGCCAAACUAUCAUAUCAUUUAAUUUCCCAACCGACAAAACCAUGGACUUAGCGACAAA